ACGAUGAUGAUGACGAUGGUGAUGACGAUGGUGGCGAUGAUGACGAUAAAAUGAUGAUGAUGACGAUGGUGACGAUGGUGUGUCACGUGUCUCCUCCUCGCAGAUGCAGAUCUUUCUCCACGACACGAACCGGACGGACGCGUGGGGGGUGCCCCCCGCCGCCCCCUCCGCUACUGGCGAUGUGGGGGGCAACAACGCGCACGCCCUCGCCGUGCUCUUCCAGGUCUCCAAGCAAGAGAACCCGGCCUACUCGGCGAUCAUCUCCGGCUUGGCGAGUGUGGCUCACCACGAGAAGUCGAGCGCCAUGUCGACGCUGGUGCCACGGGCUCUGCUGCCCGAGGACACGGGGGACUACUUUCGCUACGCGGGCUCGCUGACGGCGCCGCCGUGCCGCGAGGGACUCCUGUGGACUGUGCUGCGCAUGCCCGUGCCCAUCUCCCGAAGCCAGCUGUCGCGCUUCUGCGGGAUCUUCACGACGGAGCGCUUGGGCUUCAGCAAGGUGGUGGACUACUUGCGCGACAACUUCCGCCCGGUGCAGGCCGGCUUCUCGGGCGCCGUGUUCACCUCGCGCGCCAACCGCACCGGCCCCGUCUGCACGGCCGUGCCGCAGCGCGUGUGGGUCGAGGAGUCCGAUUGGUCCACGGUGCGGGUGCGCUGGGGACGAGCACGUGUCGUUGCCGGUGGCGACGCCGCCUCCGUCGCUGUGGUGAUGUACGCCGUGUCCAUGGAGCGCUCCGGGGAGGGACGGAGACUUACGCGGCGCACCCACGGAGAGACCGAUACGAGCCUGCUGUGGCAGAACGUGUCGGCCGGCAUCACCUACCUGGUGAGGGUGCAGGCUGUGUGCCAGGGCGACCUGCUGGGCCCCUCCACUCGGCCAAUCCGCUUCCACCUCGGCUCAGAUGGCACGGAGCAGCAGACGCGCGACCGGCAGACGGGGAGCGACGUCACGGACUGGCGGCUGCCCCUCGCUGUGGUAUCGUCGCUCACCUGCCUCUGCGUCAUCCUCCUCAUCGCUCUGCUCAUCUACUGGAGGAAGUGUUUCCAGACGGCUCACCUCUACAUCGACGACAUCAACUCCCCCCGCGUCGUCCCCCCAUCCUCCCUGCCCUUUCUCCCCUUCCCAGAAGAGGUGGAUGGAAUCCCAGUCAAGCAGUUUCCAAAACACGUGGCAGAGCUCCAAGCCAGUGGAUCAGGAUUUGCAUCUGAAUUCGAGGAGAUCGAGCGUAGCACUCUGGACUUCGGGAUCCCCACCGACGACGGGAAACAAAAACCUCGCUACAUCAGCAACAUGGCCGCCUAUGACCACACACGCGUGCGUCUACGCACCCCGCCGGGCCGCGAUGGCAAAAGCACGGAGCUCAUCUGCGCCAACUACAUCGAUGGGUUUAACCGCCCGCGAGCGUACAUCGCCACGCAGGGACCCGCGCGUCCCGCCUUCGCCGACUUCUGGCAGAUGGUGUGGGAGCAAAACGUGGGCACCAUCGUGAUGCUGUCCGGCCCGGGCGAGAGCUUCGCCGGCAAGGCGGAGAAGUACUGGCCGGCGGAGGGCAGCGAGGAGUACGGCUCCGUGCUGGUCACCCUCAAGUCGUCGCGUGCGCGAGCCUUCUACACCGCACGCCGCUUCCACAUCCGCAACAGCAAGUUCAAGAAGGGCUCCCAGCGGUGUCGCGUGCCGGAGCGCGUCGUGUGCCACUGGGCGUUCUCGGCGCGCCACGCCACGGAGGGCCCCCCAACCCCCCUGGGGGGCCCCUCCGUGGCCUGGCCCCUCCUGGCGUUCGUGCGCAAAGCGUCGGCCGGGACGCGCGCGCAGGGUGCCGGCCCGACACUCGUGCACUGCGGGGGACCCUCGCGCCCCUCCCUGCUGGAGCUGUCCGUGUCCGCCGACCCCGUGACCCCUGCGGCCCCGCCGUCCAGCAACGCCCCCACCUCCGGGUGCGGCAUGCGUGGCUGUGCCGGGGGCUGCGCGGUGGGCACCUUCGUGGUGCUGGACUCGAUGCUGCAGCAGGUGCGGGAGCGCGGUGCCCUCAACGUCCCGGCGUUCCUGCGGCACGCUCGCACGCAGCGGGCGCACCUCGUGCACAGCCCGGAGCAGUACGCGUUCAUCCACGAGGCGCUGGUGGGUGCGGUGACGUGCCGCGACACCGAGGUGCCGGCCGGCAGCCUGCACGCCUACGUGAACCGCAUCCUCACGCCGCACGCCAAGACCGGCCACACUGCCAUGCACAAGCAGAGUCGUCUGCUGACGGGGACAGGAGGAGGAGGAUCCCGACAUGGCGAAUGCACGAGCGCCGGCAAGGCCUGCAACCGAGUCAAGAACCGCGCCAACGCGGUGCUCCCAGCCGAGCACUCCCGCGUGCUGCUCUCCCCGAUUCCCGGCGUGGAGGGGUCGGACUACAUCAACGCUUCGUACGUAACGGGCUUCAACAAGCAGCGCGAGUUCAUCAUCACGCAGAGGCCGCUGGCGCACACGGCGCAGGAUUUCUGGAGGAUGACGUGGGAGGUCAACGCUCGCUUCAUCGUCAUGCUGCAGGGAAACGACGCGUCCGCGGACGCGGAGGCCCCGUACUGGCCGGCGCGGGAGGGCAGUUCGGUGCCGUGCGACGGCUUCACGGUGCUGCUGCGUAGCGAGCGCCGUCUCACGCUCGCCAAUGAGGGACCUUUCGUCAUCGCCGACCUGCUGCUCAGGGCCGACAAGGGUGAUCGUGAGGUGGAGGUGCGGCACCUGCGCUGUCCGCCGUGGCCCAACCCGGACGCUCCAAUCAGCAGCUGCUUCGAGCUGGUGGGCGUGGCCAGGGACGAGGGGGCGGCCCGUGACGGACCAAUCAUCAUCCACGACCAGUGUGGGGGCAAUGCGGCCGGCACGCUGGUGGCGCUCGCCACGCUCUGGCACCAGCUGGAGGAGGACGGCUCGGCUGACGUGUUCCUCGCCGCCAAGAUGGUGUCGCUGGCACGGCCCGGCACGUUCACUGAUGCGGAGCAGUACCAGUUCCUUUACAAGGCGGUGCUGAGCCUGGUGGCGAGCAGGGAAACCCGGAACGGAUGUGCCGCACCAGACCGAAAUGGAGCAGCCGUCCUGCCCGACGAACCGGACCCCGCCGAGAGCAUGGAGUCGCUCGUCUGAGGCGACGGAACGAAGAGGGUGGAGAGAGAGGAGAAAGAAAGCAAGAAGGAUUGAAUAUUUUACCCGGGCCAAUUAAAAACGUAUUUAUUUUUUAAACGAAACGAAUCCACCUGCAGAGCGGGGAGCCGGGGUGACUGUGGAGGCGGAGGGGAUGAGAAAUGGAAGGCGGGAGGUGAAGGUGGCGUAGGAAUCGUUAAUUACUCGCAGUCGAUCGGAGGGGGGGGGUGCAAAGGCCGUGUUUGUUAAUGGCCAGAGGGUCAGCGGCACACCGGCACGAGUCGCGCUGAUGUACGACCUCCACCGCCACCACUCCCGGCCCCCCUUCACUUUUAUCCCCCGCCUCCCCCCCCCCAAGACCAUCGGGGUGGCAUCAGGAGCUCCCCCCACCCACUCGGCCCCCGUCGCCUGCCCAACCACAACCAACACGUUCCGCGAGCUUAGGGAGAUGUAUUAUCUAUUAUAGAUGACGAUAUUUAAUAUAUGCUGUUCACGAGA